AGGAAGAUUGUUGUUUAUUUUUAUAUUUCACAAGCCGAAUAAACUUCCAUACCCGGUUGAGCUUAUAUAGAAUUGUGAAUCAGGAGUACAAAUUAAUCAUUUUUUACUUGAUUGCAUAGACAAGCCUCCAAUUAGGUCUCCUGUUCAACACACCACACGAAACUCCAGCGAGUUCAGAACAAGUUCCUCUUUCAUCCACACAAUGAGCAAUACGAAGAUUCCCCUCAUACCGAACGAGAAGAUAUUCUUCCAAGAAGAAUCGACACGUCGGAAACCUUUGAACUAUGCUGAUGCUCGCCACCGUCAACAUUCAUCCGGUGCCUCUUCUUCAUCCGACUCUCGUCGCCCACCUUUUCUGACACCGCAGAAAUUUUCCUGGCUGUUGAGACACUCGGCAGCCGUGGCCGAGCACAUGGACCCGGAUGCCUUCGUGGAGUUCGAGGUGCUGCAGCAAAUCAGUGGCGCCAGCAAGGAUCGCAUGCUAGAGCUGAUAGCCCAGGAUCAGAAGGGGCGAUACGAGAUACGCGGAGAAGAGGUCCGUGCAGUCAACGGCCAUAGUGUGCACUUUUGCGAUAACUACGAAGUGCUUUCGGGGGAACGACGGCCGGAGUUUCUGUACCAUGCCACCAAUGAUAAGGCCCUGCCGCUGAUAAUGGCCGGGGCACUCAAACGGAUGGGUCGCCAUUACAUUCACAUGUACGACGGGCCACCGCAGAAGACUUCGGUGCGCUAUCGAAUUCUACGGAUUAGGCCUCUUCCGGGGCAUACGCUGUACAGGACGAAGAACGGAUAUAUUCUCUGUCGGGAGGAUAUACCGGCGGAGUUCAUUGAAGUUUGGAAUUGAGUUUUGAUUGUUAACGUUUUGUUGUUAUGCGAUGUAAUAUAUUUAUAAACGAUG